AGGAGGAAGCGGCAGCAGCAGCUCAGCUGAUGAAGCCGAGGUGAAGCGUGCGGAAGCAGAAGGGCUCAUUCAUGACUUCACAGGUGUUUGUGUUCUACUUCGCUAAAAGUGUGGAGCUAACUGGAGUGAAGCAGGAGGAGGUCACUGCAGUGCCAACACCAAUCAGCAGCCAGGACCUUUGGAACCUGUUGGUACAGCGCCACCCGAGACUGUCCAUCCUUCAGGGUCAAGUUGUGUUGGCAGUGCGUCAGCAGUACGUUGACAUUGGCGACCAGGUGGUAACCCUGGGAGACGGGGACGAGGUGGCUGUUGUGCCACCUCUCAGUGGUGGAUAG